UGCACACACUGGUGAUAUAUACCCAAGGAACCCUUCUUAUUUAUUUCAAUGGACUAACAUUACGCAGCCUGUCUUUCCCAGUAAUAACGCAUCCCAUGUUGUUAGCACCUUGGACGGACAAUCAACAUUUGAAAAAAGUGAGCGCGCUUCAUAUCAUCAGCUCUUGGGACCCUUCAGCUCACCGUCUGGUCGCGUCGCACAGGCAAUGCCUUUCGCAAAUGAUAUGGGUUUUGGGUUCUGAAUCGCAUAUUUCCUGUCCGGUAUGAAAAUUACAUUCGGCUCCGUGGUCGUUGGCGGGGGUUUGACGGGUGUUCUCAGUUUCAGCUGUUUGACGCUCGCCAUUGGAAGUGAAUACUGGUACAUCAUUGAAGACAAGCGCACGAACCACACCGAUCUGGCGCACACGCACUCUGGACUUUGGGGAGUUACCGAUGAUGUCCAAAGUCAUACAGAAGACACUUCAAGAUAUUCAGAAUCAGAGAGGCAAAUGGAGAUCAUGCAUAGUGUGAUUGCCGUUUUACUGCCCCUGAGUUUGGUGAUGCUGGUGUUUGGAGGUAUCAGUGGCCUCAUCAGUUCUCUAGCCAGAAGCCGGACACUCCUGCUUGGAUCUGCUUCAUAUUUUCUCCUGUGCAGUCUUCUCACUCUCUCUGGGGUGAGUCUGUACAUCAGGUACUCUCAAAAGGCUCUGGAAGAGACUGAAAGGCGGAUGGGGCAUGAACAGAUGGCUCAGGUGCACACAUCAUUUGGCUGGUCAAUGGGCCUGGCCUGGCUGUCCUUUCUUCUGGAGGUGAUAACUGGGCUUCUCCUACUGCUGGCUGCCAGGUUGGCUCCUUUAGCCCAGUAUGAAGAGUCUGUCGCUCCCAUUUAGAGCUGCUUCUCCACCUUUUUUUAACCAUACAUGUACAUUUUAGGCAAGGU